AUGUGCCUCGGGAGCAGCCGGGGUGGGACGUGCAUGCUCAUUUCCCGGCUGACAGCUGCCCCUCCUGCAAACAGCAGCGACCACCGCUAUCAGCCCAAAACGCGGUCCACACUGCGGGAAAGUCCUGAGUCUGGCCAGGGCUUGCGCCCCGCCCCCGCGCGCCCCCCACCCGCUCGGCCCGGUGUCGCCGGAGCUGCCACCGCAGCCCCCUCCCCGCCUCGCCCGCCGCGGGGGGAGGGGCGAGGGGCUCCGCUCGGCCCCCGCGCCCGCUGGCUCCGUGGCCACGGCGCCGUUCACCGGAGGCGGGGUGCAACCGGCACCCGAAAGGGGACUCCGAGGAGGGGGCGCCAGGCGGGGGGCGGGCGUGCCGGGGGCGCAACCGCCGCGGCGGACCCGGCGGAUGGCGAGGGCCGCGGAGGAGGCGGGGUGGCCGGCGGGGGCGCCGGCGGGGGACGCGCCCCUCCCCCUCGCCUGCGCAGGGAGCCCCCCGCGCGCCGCAGCCCCUCCCCCGGGCUCGCCCCCGCGCCUUCCCGCGCACACGCCGCUCGGGCCGCCCCCGCGCCCCCCGCCGGGUGGACGGCUGCGCGCUGCGCCCCCGGGCCGGCGCCUCCACCUGUCACCGCGCGGCCGCCGCCUCGCCGCCACCCAAGUUUGCGGGGACUUGCCCGGCGCGCCUCCCUCGGCCGCCCGCCGCCCUCGCUCGCCCCUCGCCCAUGGCCGCGGCCCCGGCCCGCCCGCCCCCCGCGCCCCCCGCGCCGCCCGCCCAGCCCCGCGGCCGCCGGGCGCGGUGAGAGCGAGCAGCGGGGCCCGGGCGGCGGGAGCCCCGCGCGCAGCCGCCCGCAGCCGAGCGAGCGCGCCGGGCGCCGAGCAGCAGCCCGAGCUCCGCCGCCGCCGAGCCGCGGGCCGCGUCCCUGGCACGGGGCACUGCGGAUGCGGCGCGGGGCCGGCGCGGGGCUCCGGGCGCGCUCGGGGGUCGUGAGCGCCGCGCCCCGCGCCCCCACGCGCCCCCCGCCCGCCCGUGCGCCCCGCCGGGGCCAUGCAGUCGCUCAUCUCGCCGGUGACCAAGGCGAUCCUGGUGGCCCUCUUCAUCUUCGCCAUCCUCCUCAUCCUCUACGUGAUCCUCUGGUACAUCUGCCGCGAUGUGGACUGCGACCACGGCAUCUGAGCCCCGCGGCCCGAGGGGCGCCGCUCGGGGCAUGGCGACUGCGCGGCCCUGCGGGGUCCUCCGCCCGGCGCCCGCGACCCCCGGCUGCGGCCCCGCCGCGCGCCCGCCUCCGCCACCCGGGCUUGACCUUCAGGGACCGACUGGGGAGAGUGGGGCGUCUGAAGCCACCGAGGGCCCUGGUGGCGGCGGAGGCGUCCACCAAGCCGCACGGCAGGUCCAAGCCAGCAAGUGGUGAGUCCGGCCCGCCCAGGACCACCCGCCCGCCGGACGCCGCGCCAGCACCGGAGGCCUCCGUGCCCGGACCCGGUCACCGCCGCGCCCCGCUCCGGGGACCACCGACCAGCAUGCCGCUGCAGCCGCACUGGGGGACGCGGGGAGGGGUGACCGCCAGUGAGGAGUAAGGCCAUCUCCCCGCCCCCGCCCGCCACUCAUCUUGGCAAAGCCAUCCCCAGGUGAUCAGGACUCCUGGGCAGUGUCACCUCCGGGGCCAGGCUGGCCUCUGUCACCUGCGUCCACCCCCGUGGUCCAUGCAGCCAUCCCUGUCCAGCUGCCUGGCUCUGUCCGUUGUGAAGUCUCCAUGGCCGUCCCCUCGUCCCUAGUGCCAACAGGCAGGGGUUCCGAUGCCCUCGGGCGGCGUGAUGGACCCCGUGCCGGGGGGACAUCAGCUUCCCACGAGUCACAUGGUUAAGGUAGGUGCCACCGGGCCGGCCACCCGGUUCUCAGAUGCAACCCACGCCCUGUCCCUUCCGGCUCCGUCCAGUGCGCCCAGCGUCCAGGUCCAGGGGACACGCCCGGGGACGCCCGGGAAGGUCCCCCGAUGCUUCUACCCAGAAGAGAGGCGCCCUCGGAAGCAGGCGGCCCCCGGCGACGCGCGGGCGGAGAGUCCGAAGCAGCCCGAGGGAGUCUAGAUGGUGACACUGGGCCUCUCCGCGGUCCCCGGGAGACACGCGGCCCGCUCCGGGCCACCAGGAGGGACCCGGCGGCUUGCGCUCGGCCGGGCGAAGCCCCCACGGCCACGAGUGACCGCGACGCUCCGGAGCCGCGCCCCCGCCCGCGCCCCGCCCCGCUGCCAUCGUGGAGUCCCGUCCGUCGUCCGUCCGUCCGUCCGUCCGCCCGCCCGCGCGGCGCCCUCGGUCCCCACCCUCGCUUCGCGGGCGGCGGCGUCGCGCUCCGUGGCUGCUCCAGGGAAUAAAGUAUUUUUGAAAGCGC